AUGUCGGUAACAGCAGGUGUUAGUGAUACUGUGAUAGCAGUUAGGGAUAAGCUCAGAGGUAAAAUUGGGCAAACAAAAGUUAAAAGGUAUUGGCCUGGAAAAGCUCCCGAGUGGGCAGAUGAUGCCGACGAAGAUGGGGAUAUUAGGAUGUCCGCAGCUGCUUCAUUGGAGAAAGCUUUCCCCACGCAGGAAUAUUCUGAUGUUGUUAGAAAAGAUGAUCCUAGACUGCGCCGUUUGGCUGAGAGCAGGAUAGAUAAUCGUGAGGAUGUUCGAGCUGAUCAUAGGCGUAUCCGGCAAGCUGAGAUUGUUUCAACAAUUGAAGAAGAAGCCAAGAGGCAGGAAGGGUUAGAAGCAGAGGAAGAGGACGCAGAUGCUUUGGAGGAAAGAAGAAGAAGGAUCAAGGAGAAGUUGCGUCAAAGGGAGCAAGAAGAAGCUCCACUCCUUCUGUCGGAAGACGAGGAAGAAGUAAAGGAAGAGGAGGAAGAGGAGUCUGAGUAUGAUACUGACUCAGAAGAAGAGCUUACUGGUAUGGUGAUGUUGAAGCCUGUCUUUGUGCCGAAGUCAGAGAGAGAUACUAUUGCUGAACGUGAGCGACUUGAGGCUGAAGAACGAGCCCUUGAGGAAUCAAGGAAGAGGAAUUUGGAGGAAAGGAAGAGAGAGACAAAGCAGAUUGUGGUUGAGGAGAUUCGGAAGGACGAAGAGAUUCAGAAGGGAUUGGAACAGGAAGGAAAUAUUGCUGAUAUUGAUACUGAUGAUGAAAUAAACGAGGCAGAGGAGUAUGAAGCUUGGAAGGCAAGAGAGAUAGCCAGGAUCAAGAGGGAUAGGGAGGACCGGGAAGCAAUGAUAAAGGAGAAGGAAGAGAUUGAAAGGGUUAGAAACAUGACAGAGGAAGAGAGGAGGGACUGGGAGAGGAAGCAUCCGAAAGCUGCACCACAACCAAAGCAGAAGUGGAGAUUUAUGCAGAAAUAUUACCACAAGGGUGCUUUCUUCCAGUCAGAACCUGAUGACUAUGCUACAACUGUUGGAACAGAUGGAAUUUACACACGUGAUUUCUCUGCCCCAACUGGAGAAGAUAAGAUGGACAAAACAAUAUUGCCCAAGGUAAUGCAGGUCAAACAUUUUGGUCGUAGUGGAAGGACGAAAUGGACUCAUCUUGUCAAUGAGGAUACCACUGAUUGGAACAAUCCAUGGACGUACAAUGAUCCUCUUCGGUCAAAGUAUAAUGCUAAAAUGGCAGGAAUGAACACGCCUAUUGCAAAACCCAAAGGAAGCAAGAAAUUGAAGGAUUGGGAGUUUCGUUGA